UUCUAUACACAGCCUCUAUCCCUAGCAGGAUAAGGGCUCCCAUCGGGACACGGGUUAUUUGUCCCCAGUGAUGGAAAAUGGCUUCUCUUUUCACGCAGGAAGGGGAUGGAAUGAUAGUAAAAGCAGGAUGGAUAUUUAGACAAAAGGCCUUUUUUCGGAAAUGGAAGAAAAGUUGGAUCGUCGUCUGCUCGGGGGGAGCCGUGAGGGUGUUCAAAAAUAAACGAUCCCCACGUCCUCAAAAAUCAUACGAUCUCAAAAUGGACUGUAUCGUCAUCAAAACUGGGCGUCAGUGCCAAUACCUUCUCCCACCAAACGGGAUAGACUCAUCAGCUCUCAUAGAAAUCGUUUUGACCGGUGAUAGGGCCAUUAAACUUUGCGCAAAUGACGCGGAAACGGCAAGGAUGUGGCUGAGCGCAUUAACAAAGGCUCACUCUGGUAAAGAUCUACCAACACCACGUUGGGAACGGCGAAACUUAAACAAAGAAGAAGUCCUUAAUUUAGAAUAUCAAAGUUGCUGGUACUCAUGCUGUAGGAAUAAUCAAGUGGACGAUUUUUGACGAUGGCCAAAUCACAACUGUGCAAUACUGCUAGUCUCCAGGAAAUUGUUCAUGACUUUUUUUUUCGCUACUUUAUGUGAAAUGUAUAUUAAUAUAUUAGUCAUUUACAAAGAAAAGAUUUUUCAAUGCAUGUUUUGAUAAACCUAAUUUGAUCCAUUUUCAUAUUUGAGUGCUUUGCUUUCAGAAACUAUCUUUAAAGGGGGUUUUUAUAUGUUUUCCAUUCAUUAGUCUUUCAGAAAUAUUAAACCUGAAGUCAUUUUGAUGUAGUUCUUUAUUCCUGUCAAGAAAAGCCUGCCAUUUUGGCUAAUUGUUGUGUUUGUCUAGAGCUAGCACAUCCUGGACAGGAAUGUAGUGUUUCAUGGAUAAAUAAAUCACAGUCCAAACAGAAAAUCUGCUCACAAUUGUCACAUACAUAUACCUACAAAUAAAAAGAUAUUAUUAAGUUGCA